AUGGCGUUCAGAAAGAAGAAAGAGCCAAGCCGACUGAAAAAGUAUUUGGGGUACAAUUCAAAAAUUCAGGAAGUGGAGAAAGUUACGAAUGGUCGGCAGGAGGGCAGUUCAAAACACACACGGAAGCGAAUUGAGAUCAAGACUAUACACCUGUAUCCGGUUAUUUGUGGUCACCCCGAUGCUGUGGAUUUGUAUCUAAAUAUGCAUCCUAAAAUAGAUAUCCAGGUGGAUAAUGUGAGAAUUCGUGUCACUUCUUCCAGAGGAAACGACUCAUUUGGUAAAAUGUCCUUCUCAGAAGCAGAGGUCUUCCUCUGUGUGUACGAUGUAAGAAAACCCGAGACGGUGAGAUUCUUGAGGGAAAGGGUAUUACCCAGUGUGAAAAAGCUACGAAAGCCAAUGGCCAUUGCUGGUCUUGGAUUGGAGUGUAGGUGCGGUGUCGAAAAGGGAUUGGUGGAUAUUCAGACAGCUUGUCAAUUGGGCAAAUCAUUCGAUUGCAAAUCUACUGAGUUUAUGUGCUGUGAUGGUAAACUACUUACAUUUUGUACAUUCGCGCUAUACUCAGCAGUCCUUCCCCAUCUUCUUCAAUGGAAGACAGAAAAACCCACAACAUCAUCUGAUAUCUCAUUGACUCCUACCGUAAAUUAUUUCGCUAUAAUGGCACCAAAAACACGGAAAGUUAAAUCUGAGAAGAAAGAGAACAAACCCGGUCCCAGUACCUCAAGUACACCUCCCGAUGCCCAACGGCGACAGGUGGACAUCCUGGUUGCAGUUGUAGGGGCUCCUGAGGUCGUCGACAGGGUUAUUGAAAAAUUUUCUGAGUGUAGGAUUUCAACCCUAACUCAUGAAACCAAUAUCAUUGCAAUAGAAGCGAAUGGUUAUUAUGGAAGAUCAAAUACUGCCAAUGCUGAUCUGAUAUUGGCCGUUUACGACGUUUGCGAUAAUAGCACUGUCGAAUAUUUAACACAAAAUGUUCUCCCCCAUUUCAGACAAGAACACGAAAUCCUUGCCAUUUGUGGAACAGGGCUUGAGAAUCGAACAGAAACUCGAGCAGAGAAUGAGACGGAUAUUAAUACCUGCAAUCGACUUGCCAGGCUGUGGAACUGUCGAGGAACAGAAGUCGUUACCUGUAGUGGGCCAGCCAUGGCGGCUGGAUUAUUUGCCCUCUACGCCACAAUGAAUCGAGACGUAUUCCAAAAGCCAGAUAAAGAGAAAAAAGUGGAUGACGCGCCUGGAAAUGAAAUAGGCAAACGAAAGAAAAGGAGUCAGCAUAAGGCAAAGGAAAAGGGCUUUGAACGAACCAAAGAAAAAGUCUGUUAA